AUGAAUAAUAAUGAAUGCUGUCAAGCUUUAGAAGAAACAAGCGCAAGCAUAACUCUUCCGAAGGAAAACAACUACAAAGGAAACAAUAUAGAAGGGGUCCAUAGAUAUCAUAAAAUUUAUAUGAGUUAUUUGCAUUUAUACUUUUGCGUUAUCGAUUUUACCGAAACGAUUUUUAUUUCUGUAAAUGAUGAGAAUAAUGAAUUGACAGAUUUACAGGUAUCCUACCCAGAGGACGCUGACAAUACUAUUUGCCUGGUGGGGGUACCCCAUUCGUACGGAAACGAUAUAGCUCGGUUGUUAGGAAUAAAAUUCAAGAUUCCCUUUUAUGUGAGUGUCAAUGUGGAUGAAAGUGAUGAGAACCUAACAAAUUUUAUUUUUUCAAGUUGCUUAGAAAUAUUGAAACCUUUACUUAAAAAUAGAUGA